CUUAUGUAUAAGAACGCGGAUCGGAAUGACGAUGUCAUUCGUCUUGUUGAAAAGUACCAUGGAGAACAUCUACAGGAAACCCAUAAAAGGCUUGGAAUGGAGCAUGAAGAACGUGGAGAUUUGCGUUCGGCUGAAGAGGAGUAUUUGAAGGCCGACGAUAUCAAGGCAGCGAUCAAUAUGUACAGAGAAAAGGAGAUGUGGACUGAUGCAUAUCGCCUGGCGCGGAGUGAAGGUGGUGAACAAGAACAGAAACAGGUACUGCACAGUAACACCCACCUAGGCGGUGAAGCUGGAGUGAAAUUGCUAAACAAGUUUGGCAUGCUCAACGAGGCUAUAGACCACUUCAGUGAGAUUGGGACCUUCGAUUUCGCAUUUGAACUGGCUCGCCUGGGCGCCAAGGAGCGAUUGCCAGGGGUUCAUAUGCGUAUGGCCGUUCAAAUGGAGGAAGAAGGUCGUCUCGAUCAAGCCGCACAGCACUUCAUUGCAGCUGGGAAACCAGCUGAAGCAGUCGCUAUGUAUGUGCAUGAUGGAGACUGGAGGAACGCCGAGCAAAUAGCCAUAGACCAUUCCCCAGAAUCGCUGCCGGAUGUUUUUGUAGCCGAAGCUCGCAAAGCCCUCGAAGAAGACGACACUGCACGAGCAGAAAGCUGCCUUCUGAGAGCAAAUCGGCCCGACAUUAUACUCAAGUACUAUCAGGAAAGCGGAAUGUGGCCUGAUGCUUUACGUAUUGCUAAAGAGUACCUACCGCAUCAGCUGUUACAAUUACAGGAAGAGUUUGAACAAGUCGAGCUGCUAGGAGGUGGUCGCGGCGUCAGUUCAUUACUUGCACAAGGUCGAGCUUUCGAAGAACAUCGGGACUGGGUCGAUUAUUCAGCUACAGACGACGAGACAGUAAUCAACACUGCGCUAAUGAAAAGCGCUGAUUUAGCAUUACGAUUCCUAGCAAAUUCAGAUGAAGAGAUUGUAUUAAAAGUCGUCGAGGCGCUAGAAGCUCACAAAGACUAUGGAAAGAUGGCCGAAUUGUUGCUAGCCAUCGGACAAAAUAGACAGGCCGUCAUGGCGUUGGCUAGGGCUCAGCAAUGGUCAAAAGCUAAGCAGGUAGCUAGCGAGUUUGUUCCUGAGAUGGUAUCAGAAGUUGAGGCUCAGUACAAAGAAUGGCUCACGAAGGAGGGCCGAGUUGGUGAGCUGAUAGACGUUGAUGUCAUCUCUGCCAUCGAUCUUCUGAUCGCCAAGGGACAAUGGGAUAAGGCUCUGGAUGCAGCUAGGCAACAGAAGCACAAACCUCUACUCGAAAAAUACGUGGCCCAGUAUGCAGCUGAAUUGCUGUCACAAAAUCACAUCGACCUCAUGCUGAACGUUUUCGAAAAAUACGGCGCAUCAUCGAAUCCAGCCAAUUUCAACCUUUAUAAGGCUAUUGUGGACAAGAUUGUGUCACAGUCAUUCAGCAGUCCUUCAGAGGAAUAUUCUCGACUCAGUCCUGUACGAAACCUCUUUCUUUCGGUAUACGAGUUACUUGUCAAAGAGAACUCUGAAAGUCGGCAUAUCUUCGAAAGAUACGUCCAUGCUCUUCAUCUUAUGACAAUUCGAUGCGACGCCUCACUUGUUGAUUAUUCUGCCUUCGAAGGUACUGACAUCCCAUCGGAAGUACCUCUACCUGAGUCUUCAUGGAUUGAGGGUUCUGUACACGAAGAAGUGAAGGAAUGGGUGCUAGCCACCUCAGUGGACGAUGGCGCCUCUCGAGAUCUUAAACUGGACUCUCGUGGUCUAUUUGAAGCCACAAUUGAAGCUAAUGGUCAGAAAUGGCCUGAGUGUAUCAUUACAGGUUAUCCAAUCACGAGAACUCGCGUCGAUUUUGGCGACCUCAGCGCUGACAAGGACAAUCUCAAUCGAUUUUUGAUUGCCAUCAAGACGAAUCCUACCGAUCAACUUAUCAAUGUGCAGGAGUUCAUGUCGAAGUGGGCUCACGCUCCAUUAAACAUGUCCCUUUGA